UUUCACGCGCCGGACCCUGGUCCUUAAAAAAACCAUAGCGACCCGAGUCAUACCUCGAUCCCUGUUCCGCCGCCGCGCGACCCGAGUGCUGGCCGCAUCCAGCAGCCACAUCAUGGCGGCGCGACGAAGCAGCCCACGCCAGCGCCUCCCUGCCGCUCCCCUCUCCCUCUAACCUUGCUCCGCCACCCGCCGCUCGGUGCCUUCCGCCCGUCGGCCUCCUCCUUCCUGGAUCUCGGCUGGUCGAUCCUGCAGCAGCUCUCGCUGGAUCUCAGCUGGAUCAGACGCCCUGCAGUAGCUCUCCCCUGGUCAACCGCCCCUUUGCUCAGCGCCGCCCGGACUGGCUCGCCUGCCUCCCUUGCGACCAUCGAGCUCGACUGACUUGCAGCUAAUACCUCCAGAACAACAAUAGACUGGCUUUACGGAGAUAAGGCAAAAAUGACACGACAUAAGAGCUGGAUGGACAGGGAAAGAGAUUCUGUUGAGUGGCAAACUGGCAUGAAUGAUUUCUUGAAUUUAGCCUUCGAUGGUGCUCACCCAGACUCAACAGUCCCAUGCCCAUGUAGGAGAUGUCUCAAUAUUGUUCAGAAAAAGAAAAGGGAUGUUCAUAGUGACUUGCUGCUCAAUGGGAUGGAUCCAACCUACACUCACUGGAUAUACCAUGGUGAACAAUCGGAUGAGGGAAGCAUGUCUGAAGAUUCUGAUAAUGAAGACGAUGUAGAUGAUGGUUCUGGGGUAUGUGACAUGCUCAAUACUCUCAUAAGGGGCACAAACAUGCAAAGCAAUGAAAACAUUGGUGAAGGUGUGGGAGACAUUCAUGUGGAUGAUUCCAGCGGUGAUGAAAGGAACCAGGAGCCAAAUGCAACAGCUAAGGUCUUCUUCGAACUAUUGAAAGAGGCAAAAAAAGAGUUGUACCCAGAUGUUCACGCAGGUGUUGCCAAAGGGUCACUACAUUCCUACAAAUCUCGGAAAAGUAAGGAAGGUGAUCCGAGAUCUUGGGCUGGACUACAAGAAGAUACACGCUUGUGCUGUCAUUUUGAUACACGAGAUACAAUCUAUACAAGCUGGGAUACAGUUGUUAUGCUGCUCAAUUGGUGGCUGGAGAGCUGUUUAAAUGGAGCCUGGGAGUGUUUAAAAAUAGCUAGUAUGCAGCCUUGCUCAAUUUCUUUGUUUAACACAUAAAUGUAUAUUGAAUCUCCUUUUUUUAUUAAAGCACACAUAAAUACAUACAAUCACAUCAAGCAAGAUACAUAAAAAUUAGGAAGAGAAUGUGAGGAUUUGUUGCUCAGUUCUCACGACUCACCUUUGUGAGAAGGGCACUGAGCUUGCCGUCUUUCUGGUGCCGAGGAGGACCUUGCUACCGGGGGAGGUCAGUAGGGCGAGUGGAGGAGACCCUGGCGGUGCAAGAAACCCUAAAGUGAAGGGCGUCCGCGAGUGUGCAACGCUUCACACAUGCGUAAGCGAGCCUUCCUCCAAGUCGUGGUACCACCGAUGCCCACUUUGCAAGAUAUGUGACUAAAAUGCAACUUAUGUGCAAGUUGUGGUACCUAAUGUCUUAAUACCUCUGUAAACUAGUACGCCCCUUUAAUCAGAUCAUGCGAAAUAGUAUAAUAAAUAAAGGAAAAAAAUUAGGAGCGCUGUCGAGAAUACCGUUGCAAUAUCCUGCUCCCUUUUUAGGCAACACUAGAGGAUUGUUGCAUUAUGUUUGUACGUAUUA